AUGAUUGUUACGAAGGCGCGGGAUAAUCGCCUAGUGUACCUCACGCGGGAGCUGUCAGAAUGGUUACUGAGCGCUCCGCGAUACGGUAGUGACUUAGGUGUAAACGUCUAUGUCGACCACAAGUUACAGCACUCGAAACGCUUUGACGCUCCUGGCCUGCUAGCGAAAGAGCCCCGGUUUAAGCACAUGCUAAAGUACUGGACACCUGACCUUUGCUGGUCGUCGCCGGAAACAUUCGAUCUGGUCCUUACUCUGGGCGGGGACGGGACUGUCCUAUAUACCUCUUGGCUUUUUCAACGCGUUGUACCACCUGUGCUAUCUUUUGCGCUCGGGAGCUUGGGAUUCUUGACGAAUUUUGAGUUCGAAAAGUACAAAGAACACCUCAAUCAAAUCAUGGGCGACGUGGGCAUGCGUGUAAAUCUGCGGAUGAGAUUUACAUGCACCGUCUACCGUGCGGAUCGAAGACCUGGACAUCUGCCUGGAGCAGUUGUGGAAGGCGAGCAGUUCGAAGUUGUAAAUGAACUGGUCAUUGAUCGUGGGCCUUCACCUUAUGUCUCAAACUUAGAGCUAUAUGGUGACAACGAGCUGUUAACAGUGGUCCAGGCAGAUGGCUGUAUAUUCUCUACCCCCACAGGUUCUACCGCGUAUUCUCUCUCGGCGGGGGGCUCUCUUGUCCAUCCUUCAAUUCCUGGAAUCCUUCUUACCCCCAUUUGUCCACAUACCCUUUCUUUCCGCCCCAUGGUCCUCUCAGAUGCCCUACUAUUACGCAUUGCUGUUCCUAACGCGUCUCGAUCUACUGCAUACUGCUCUUUCGAUGGGAAAGGCCGUAUAGAGCUUCGUCAAGGUGACUACGUCACAGUGGAAGCAAGUCAGUACCCAUUUCCCACUGUAGUGGCCGGCUCAGGGGAAUGGUUUGAGAGCGUCCGCCGUGCACUGCGCUGGAAUGUUCGUGGUGCUGUCCAAAAGGCAUGGAACGAUCCUGCCGAUGGGGACCUCAACACUGCUGGCGACGAAGAUGAGGAAGAGCAAUGGGAUAUCGACCCAGACUCCGACACACCGUUCGGGGCGGGGACUGAUAGCGGGCUGGGCCCAAGCGAGGAUGGAGAAAGCCCUGGUUCAAGCAGUCCACUUCGGAGGAAAUUGAGUUUGCUUAACAUGUAG